AUGCAUAGAGCUUUAUAUACUUCAUUGGCAAGAACAGUCAAUGCACGUUGUGUGUCCCGUUCAGUAAGAUUUGUUGCACCUCAAGUUUCUGUUUGUAAUCCUCAAAGAUUGGCCUUGCGUUUCAACUCAACUAAUGCUUCCAAAGAAGCCGCCAAGGAGGAAGCCCCCAAAGAAGAAAUUAAAUCUGAAGAGCAAUCCUCUGCAGGUGAAUCCGAAGCUCAAGAAGUUGAUCCUUUUGCAGAAUUAAAAGAAAAAUUGGAAAAGAAAGACAAGGAGUUGGCCUCAAUGAAAAAUCAUUAUGCUAGAGCCGUUGCUGAUUUCCGUCAUUUACAAGAAACAACCAAAACUGAAGUUCAGAAAGCUAAAGAUUUUGCGUUGCAAAAGUUUGCUAAGGACUUGUUGGAUUCCCUCGAUAACUUCAACUUGGCACUUGGUCACGUCAAAGAAGAUACUUUGAAAUUGAAUGAUGAAGUUAGAAGCUUGUACGAAGGUGUUGACAUGACCAAGACUGUUUUUGAAAAAACUUUGAACAAAUAUGGUAUAGAGAAGAUUGAUCCUAUUGACCAAGUGUUUGAUCCAAAUUUGCAUGAAGCUACUUUCCAAAUGGCUAGUCCAGGCAAGGAACCAGGUACAGUUUUCCAUGUUCAACAAGUUGGUUACACUUUGAAUGAAAGAGUAUUGAGACCAGCUAAAGUUGGUGUUGUCAAAUCUGAAGACGACAAUUGA